AUGUGUGGCCGCCUGUUCUUCUCAGAAAAGCGGUUGCUUCGCAUCGACGCGGAAGAUCAAAUUCAGGCAGCAGCAAUGUGUCGGACGCAGGCGAGCCAGAGUGGAUUUUGCUGUUCCGCCGCCCACUCGUUAGCCGUUCGCACUGGCCUAGUUCCUACGCAUACCGAUAACGAGAUGAUGGAACCACCCCACGGCGCCGAUCCGGAGGACUACUACGUCAAGCAGGACCGCGUCGGCAAAGGAUCCUUCGGCGAAGUGUACAAAGGCUUCGACAAGCGAUCCAGGCAACCUGUCGCCAUCAAGAUCAUCGACCUCGAGAACGCAGAAGAUGAAAUCGACGACAUUCAGCAAGAGAUUGCCAUCUUGAGUCAACUCGACAGCGCUCACGUCACAAAAUACCAUGGCUCCUGGCUCAAGGGCACCAGUCUGUGGAUCGUCAUGGAAUACUGCUCUGGAGGCAGUUGCUCAGACCUCAUGAAACCUGGCAAAUUCCGCGAGGACUACAUCGCCAUUGUCGUGCGCGAGCUGCUCAAAGGUCUUGAGUAUCUGCACAGCGAAGGAAAACUGCAUCGCGACAUCAAGGCAGCCAACAUCUUGCUCUCAGCCACGGGUGAUGUCAAGCUCGCCGAUUUCGGUGUCUCGGGUCAACUCACCGCCACUAUGACCAAGAAGAACACGUUUGUCGGCACACCUUACUGGAUGAGUCCUGAAGUGAUCAAGCAGAGCGGAUACGAUUUCAAGGCCGAUAUUUGGAGUUUGGGCAUCACAGCCAUCGAACUCGCCAUGGGCGAGCCGCCGUACGCCGACCUUCAUCCGAUGAAGGUGCUCUUCCUCAUUCCCAAAAAUCCGCCUCCCCAACUGGAAGGGCCCUUCUCUCGACCGUUCAAGGAAUUCAUCAACCUCUGUCUGCAGCGUGACCCAGCCAAUCGUCCUGCUGCCAAGGAGCUUCUCAAGCAUCCUUUCAUCCGCAAAGCCAAGAAGACCGCCUACCUCACCGAGCUCAUCGAGAGGCUCGAGCGAUGGAAGGCGGAAGGUGGCGAUCGUCACGAGUCAGAGGAGAGCGAAGAGGCAGACGAGGACUUGCAGGACGAAGGCGAGGACAUGUGGGAUUUUGGCACCGUUCGCAACACGAUGCGUCGCGGUGGACGCGGCACUGUGGCAAUGCGCAUGCCCGCGAGUGCCAUGACGGCUGCCGCUGCCGCCGCGGCUGUCAACGAAGGCGAUUAUGCCCCUCCCGGUCGACACCAGGCCAAAGAGCUUCCCCAAGUCCCGCCACACCAACAACAGCAGCAUCAGCUCCAGCAGCCGCCGCGAUCGCCACAGCCGCAGCCUCGUUCGCCCACCUACGAACAACCAGUCUCACACCCACAGCCGCCGCAGUCACCGAGACAUGCUGUGCCUUCGCCUCAAAUGCAGCAACAGCAAUUGCAGCAACAGCAACAGCACCAGCGACCAGCGCAGCAGCAAGAGCAACAAAAGCGAUACCAGCAACAGCAACAACCCGAUCGCAGAUUCGGUUCAUCCGGCUCGGCGGGUUCGGGAUCGGGCUCGGCAAGUGGCACAGUGCGUCUCGCUGCAGCACCCUCGCGACCGGGUAUCCCGACUGCCGGCGCGAGUGAUGCUGCCCAGCGCCAGCCCGGCUUUUCUGCGGCUGACGCAUACGACAAGGCCAUCGCCGGCGGUUCCAGCUCACAGCAGCGUCCAGUGUCCAAUGGAAACGGUCAGGCUUCCGACGCGUACUAUGCGGACAACCGGCGCAACUACUCUGACCCUGUGGAGGAAGAACGCAGAAGGAUGGAAGACAUGCACAUUCGUCAGCAGAACGCGGCACAGGAGCGUCAAAAGGGCUCGCACGACUCAGCCUACCAAAGCCAGCAACAGCAACAACAACAACAGCAGCAGCAGCAGCAGCAGGCCGCACGCCUCACCGCGCUCGAUACUGUGUUCCUACCUGUCAUCGAGCAGCUCAACAUGGCAGUCGCGUCUCGGCGAGACGCCGUGCGAACGCUUGCCAAUCUACGCGCUUGUCUGGAAGAAGCCGAGAUGGUGACUCCGGGUAUUAUGAACGCUUUCGCGGUCGAGUUGUUCCACACCAUGGCAGAGGUCGAGGGAGAUCGCGAGCCGGAGGAGGAUCAGUGGGAAUCUUGA